GCAUUUCCCUCCCCCCCCCUCCGGGCUACGGGAAGCCACAGAGCACAGUAGGAAGCAGCUGGGCUCCCGCAGCUCAGGGUUAGCGGCUUGCAGGCAUGCUGCGGCCCAAGGCUCUGACCCAGGUGUUAAGCCAAGCCAACACCGGAGGAGUCCAGAGUACCCUGCUUCUGAACAACGAGGGAUCGCUGCUGGCUUACUCAGGUUAUGGGGACACGGAUGCCCGGGUCACCGCGGCCAUCGCCAGUAACAUCUGGGCCGCGUACGACCGGAACGGGAACCAGGCAUUUAAUGAAGACAAUCUCAAAUUCAUCCUCAUGGACUGCAUGGAGGGCCGCGUAGCCAUCACGCGAGUGGCCAACCUUCUGCUGUGUAUGUAUGCCAAGGAGACUGUGGGCUUUGGAAUGCUCAAGGCCAAGGCGCUGGCCUUGGUGCAGUACCUGGAGGAACCCCUCACCCAGGUUGCAGCAUCCUAAUGGUGUUGGUGGAAGCUGGCAUCGGAAAAGAGAUCUUUCGGAGGGGCAGCGACCUGGAAAACCUUGCUGGGCCAAGUGCUAGAGUGCGGGACUUCGCUUUUUCCUAAAUAAAUUUCAACUCCUUGUG